CUUAUCCUGGUCUCUAACUCCUGAGUUCAGGCAAUCCACCCAUCUCCAGACUUUCAGAGUGCUAGGGAUUACAGGCCAUCCACUCAUCCCAGCACUAAAAAGGAAGCACUUUAAUUUUCUAUUAAGCCUAAAUAAAAUCCAAGCAUUAGUGGGGCUCUCAGUGCUUUCACCCCUUGUGUUUGGAAAAGACAAUUAGGUGGAGCAAUGUUUUUUAACAGCUUUUCUUAAGUGGUAUUUGUCACUAGCACUUUUGCCUGUUAUACAUUCUACCUGUAUUGUUCGCUUUAAGUUUUACUUAAAUCUAUUGACUUGAUGUUAAGUUUAGUUUAAAAAGGAAUAUGAACACGGAAACUAGCAGUGGGUCUGGCCCAACCCUAUGACCGGCUCCUUAGACCGUGGCUUUAUUCUACUCUCAGUGCUCCACUCCAUGGGCAAAGAGGUGCAACUCCACCUUUUAAUUCCUCCGUCUUCCAGCUGUGGCUAUAAAGUCUGCAAAUGGAAUAAGCUAAAGUAGAACCCAAGCCUGCUAGUUCUAUUUUUCCUCUGACCUUUGGGAGCUGAAGUCCCUACACCUGGAAUCUUCCAGGGAUUCCUUCAUGAUUCUGGGCCUUCUGGGAAUUAGUGAGAGUGCACUCGCAUGCCCCCAAACCUUGGAAACUGGGUGCCACGUUAUGUUUUUGAGGAUGUUGCAUUCAUUCACCUGUUGUCUGGCCCUCACCUGCCUCCACAAGGGACAAAGAACCUCAUCCACAGACUGCGGAAGGUUGGCAGUGUCUGCAACUAGAGCCAUUGGGCGCAGAAGCCUAGAAUUUUCCAGCUUCUGCAAAGCCGCGCCAAUGUCAGACCCUGCUUACCAUACAGUACGCACCGUCUGUAGCUCUUUUGAGCGCUGCAGAUUCUGCGCAGGGAAGGGUCGCCUACGUAGCUACUCUAGACUGCCAGCUAAAUUUCUGAAUUGGGAGCCUGGAAUUCUGAACCGCACACUAGGAAACGAAAUUCAAGUCAAUUGGCCUCUUGUACUUUUACUAAAUGUAUUAAAGGGGGAACGCUUUCCCCUACAUUUAUGUUAGUAGAAAUUUAUACAGAUGAAUAAUAAGAUAGACUUAAGAUUUUAUAACCAUUGUUAACAGUAAACAAAAUUCCUAUGCAAACAGGUCUGUCUUUGGUGCUGUUUCCAAAGACUGAUAUUUUUACAAGAUCCUCCAAAUCUUACGAUGUCGGGCCCUACUGAAGGUAGACGUUAAAACAGAGUCCCUUUACUCUUUGGGUGUUGCCAGUGAAAUCACAACCACCCACCAGCUCCACCUACACGUGGCUCCUUAGAAAGCGUGGGAAAGAAGAAAAAUGAAAAGGGAAACUGCCAGGACUUAAGAUGUCUGCCUAAAGCCCCUCGAAAUCCCAGGAAGGGCCUACCCACUUCUAAAAUGUCCGGCCACAGUCCUGACGUCGUUCCAUCGGCUCCAUCUAGCCAAAUAACGAGUGCGCUCCAAUCAGAACUUAGCCCCCGCCCUUGAAUUGCGUCACUUCCGGUGGUGCAGCAGCCAUUUUGUCAGUCGCCAGUGGAUUCCGCGCGCUGGAGAAGUGCAGUUCCCCCUGGUUACCGACUCUUCGGUUCUCCCUUCGCGCUGCGGGCGCCGUCGAAGAGCGCUCGCCAAAGGUGCAGCCGUUCCUUCCUACGGUCCCACCGCUGCUGUUGCAUCCUCCCUAAGGUACUGCGCUCUUUUCCUUUCCUGCCACCUGACAGGCGCCCUCAGCCGCCGUCCGCGAUGUCAAGCGAGGAAAGCUACCGGGCCAUCCUACGCUACCUGACAAACGAGACCGAGCCAUACGCCCCGGGUACCGAGGGCAAUGUCAAGCGUAAAAUCCGUAAGGCUGCCGCUUGCUACGUGGUGCGCGGUGGGACUUUGUACUACCAGCGGCGGCAGCGGCACCGCAAGACCUUCGCAGAGCUGGAGGUGGUGUUGCAGCCGGAGCGGCGCCGGGACCUCAUCGAGGCGGCGCACCUGGGUCCAGGCGGCACUCACCACACCCGGCAUCAGACCUGGCACGACUUGUCCAAGACGUACUGGUGGCGAGGAAUAUUAAAACAAGUCAAAGAUUAUAUUAAACAAUGUAGCAAAUGCCAGGAGAAACUAGAUCGUUCCCGUCCAAUAUCAGAUGCUUCAGAAAUGUUGGAAGAAUUGGGACUAGACCUUGAAUCUGGAGAAGAGAGUAAUGAAUCAGAAGAUGACCUGAGCAACUUUACUUCACCUCCAACUACAGCCUCCAAACCUUCAAAAAAGAAGCCAGUAUCCAAACAUGAACUUGUAUUUGUUGACACCAAAGGAGUGGUAAAACGUUCUUCUCCAAAACAUUGUCAGGCUGUCUUAAAACAGCUGAAUGAACAGAGACUUUCCAACCAAUUCUGUGAUGUUACUUUGUUAAUUGAAGGAGAAGAGUACAAAGCCCAUAAAUCUGUUUUGUCAGCUAAUAGUGAAUAUUUUCGAGAUCUUUUUAUUGAGAAAGGAGCUGUUUCCAGUCAUGAGGCUGUGGUGGAUCUUUCUGGUUUUUGUAAGGCAAGCUUCCUUCCUUUACUAGAAUUUGCCUAUACUUCUGUGCUAAGUUUUGACUUCUGUAGCAUGGCUGAUGUGGCCAUCCUAGCUCGUCAUCUUUUCAUGUCAGAAGUCUUAGAGAUUUGUGAAAGUGUACAUAAAUUAAUGGAAGAAAAGCAGCUAACAGUAUAUAAGAAGGGUGAAGUACAAACAGUUGCAUCUACCCAGGACUUACAAGUACAAAAUGGAAGUACAGCACCCCCUAUGGCUAACAAUGUGGGAGCCACAACAACUUUAUCUACUGAACUUGGGAAUUGUGAAUUUGUACUACUGGUAAAUGGAGAAUUGCAGAAUGGAGAGCUAGGACAACAGCCUGAGCCCCAGGUUUCUUCAGGGGCUGAAGCUGCUCUGUCAUCUGUCGGAUGUAUAACUGAUUCCCAUCCUGAAAUGGAGUCUGUUGAUUUAGUAACAAAAAACAACCAGACAGAACUAGAAACUUCAAACAGCAGUGUUUCUAAUAUUCAUCCCAAACUUGCAAAAGAUAACAUCAUUAGUACCUCUCCAGAGAACAGUGAUGAUAUAGGAAAUGAUAUAUCAGCUAAGGAUAUCUGUGCUGAAGAUAUUUCACAACACGGGCAAAACCUUGCCCAAACUUUAAAAGAUGAGGAAAAUCUAGUUGUACCAACAGCAAAGACAGAAAUUGGCCCUGAGGAUGAUACUUAUAGAAGCAGGCUUCGACAGCGUUCUGUUAAUGAAGGAGGCUACAUCCGACUACACAAAGGAAUGGAGAAAAAGCUGCAGAAACGGAAGGCCAUCCCCAAGUCAGCAGUUCAGCAGGUGGCCCAGAAGUUAGUUCAAAGAGGAAAAAAGAGGAAACAGCCAAAAAGGGAUGCUAAAGAGAACACUGAAGAAGCAUCCCACAAAUGUGGGGAAUGUGGAAUGGUUUUUCAGAGACGAUAUGCCCUUAUAAUGCACACACUGAAACAUGAAAGAGCUAGAGAUUACAAGUGUCCAUUGUGUAAAAAACAAUUUCAGUACAGUGCCUCCUUACGAGCACACCUUAUUCGCCAUGCCAGAAAAGAUGCACCCACUUCGUCCUCAUCCAGUUCCACAUCUAAUGAGGCAUCAGGAACAUCGUCUGAGAAGGGCAGAACCAAACGAGAAUUCAUAUGUUCCAUAUGUGGAAGGACAUUACCUAAAUUAUAUUCUCUUCGAAUACAUAUGUUAAAGCACACAGGUGUAAAGCCGCAUGCGUGCCAGGUCUGUGGAAAGACUUUUAUCUACAAACAUGGUCUAAAAUUACACCAAAGUCUCCAUCAAUCACAAAAGCAAGGUUUUUAUAUUUUUACAGGAGAGUCCAAGUACCAUUGCUCAGUUUGUGGAAAGUCUUUUCAUAGGGGCUCUGGACUAAGCAAGCAUUUCAAGAAACACCAGCCAAAACCUGAGGUUCGAGGCUAUCAUUGCACUCAAUGUGAAAAAAGUUUCUUUGAAGCUAGAGAUCUUCGUCAACACAUGAACAAACAUCUUGGUGUGAAGCCAUUCCAGUGCCAAUUUUGCGAUAAGUGCUACAGUUGGAAGAAAGAUUGGUAUUCCCACGUGAAGUCUCAUUCUGUCACUGAGCCUUAUAGGUGUAAUAUAUGUGGCAAAGAAUUUUAUGAGAAAGCUUUGUUCAGAAGACACGUAAAGAAAGCUACCCAUGGGAAAAAGGGGAGAGCAAAACAAAACCUGGAACGGGUGUGUGAACAGUGUGGAAGAAAAUUCACUCAGUUAAGAGAAUAUAGAAGACACAUGAACAACCAUGAAGGAGUUAAGCCAUUUGAGUGCUUAACAUGUGGAGUAGCUUGGGCUGAUGCCCGAUCUCUAAAACGUCACGUCAGAACACAUACUGGUGAACGGCCCUAUGUCUGUCCCGUUUGUAGUGAAGCCUACAUAGAUGCUCGAACACUCCGGAAACAUAUGACCAAAUUCCACAGAGACUAUGUGCCUUGCAAAAUUAUGCUGGAAAAAGAUACCCUUCAGUUUCAUAACCAAGGAACUCAAGUGGAGCAUGCUGUUAGCAUCUUAACAGCAGACAUGCAUGGACAAGAAAGUAGUGGUCCUCAAGAACUUGAGACUGUGGUAGUGACAGGAGAAACCAUUGAAGCUCUUGAGGCUGUUGCAGCUACUGAAGAGUGCCCAUCGGUAUCUACGCUUUCUGACCAAAGUAUUAUGCAAGUAGUGAAUUAUGUAUUGGCACAACAGCAAGGACAGAAGCUGUCUGAAGUUGCAGAAGCUAUUCAGACUGUUGAAGUAGAGGUGGCACAUAUUGCAGAAGCAGAAUGAAUAUGGUAACAGAUAAAAAGUGAUAUACACUGAACUCAUGGAACAUUCGUUUACAAUGUUGUGUGACUAUCCGCUUAGCAUUUACAUGUCAAGGCUCUGGACUAUUUGGUGGUAUAACAUUUCCCAGCCUUUUGUCUGGCCAUUGGGUUCUCUUGAAAAGUCUAUUUACUGUAAAGAAAUUGAAAACAAAUAUAUUUGAUGGCAGUGAUAUAUCAUGAUAGACCUUUUAUGAAUUAAUGUUUAUAAAUGACUAUACUAAAUUUAAGACCGUACAGUUCUGUUUGUAUUAUGACAUUAUCUUAUUAUAUAUUUAGAGUUUAAAAGCCUGCAGCAGUUGGCGUCUUUCUGUUUUAUUCUCAAAAUACAGAGAUUCUGUGAUUUCAUUUGCCCUGUUUAUAGAUUAAAAACAUUCUAAUAUAAAGCAUUUCAGUAGAAUGCAUAGGUAUAUUACGUUUUUUAAAUGCUUUAGGUCUGUGAUUCUUGACUAUUUAUUUUAACCCCUUUUAAGUCAGGGAUUCUUUGUUCUAUUUUAAAGCACUUAAUGAGUUAUGUGUUGUAAUCAAGUUUGCACAAUAUAUUUAUAUGGGGAGCCUGUAAAUGAAUAGCUAAUAUUUUAAAUGCCAUUAAAAUGCAUGAAAUGCCUAUUAAAGCCUUACUGUACUCUUCAAGGCAAGUAAUUGACCAUGAGUGAAGAACAUUGUUAUUAAACACUGUUAAUGGGAAAUUUCUCCUUGAUAACAAAGGACAAUAAAUGACAAGAAAAAUCUCAUUCUUUUGCUGAAGAAUGAACAAGUUAAUGAAUGAACAGUUAGGUUUGCUAUGGUUUCAGCUUUUGUAUCAUGUUUAAUUGUUUAAUUUUGUUGAAAAACUGCAGUUGCAAAAUAGGAUAGCAAUAUAAACAUUACAGCGGUCCUGUGGAUACCAUAUGAUUGUCAUGUAAUUUCAGAGUAUUGAAAAUUCUUCAGUGCAGCCCUCAUUAUAGUGUAUACUUCAAGAAAUUGAUUAUGGUCCCACCAAAUUGUUGAAGAUAACUUAUUUUUAAAAGUUACCCGAAAACUAAAUUAUAUUAAUUCAUGUGUUUAUUUUUAAAAUUCUCACCUCUUUAAGCUAUCCAGUUUUCUGAUUUUCAAAAUAAGCAUGGGAGAUGUCACAUUUCUCUCUAGGAAACUACUACUCAAGCUAUAAUUGUUAAAAUUAAGCUUUUAGGUAUUAGAAGCUGUUAUAAGGUAUAAAAUUAAGAAAUAAGUAGAUCACAUGUAAAUCAUUCCUAAAGCACAAGAAAAGAAUGUGCCUUGAUGUACAUAUACUAUGUAUAAUUUAAAUGCUUAUACCAGUUUACUUUAAAAAUGGCUUUAAAGAUAAAGAAUAAAUGUGAUAGUUGUGCAUGCAUUAUACAUGUAUAUAUAUUUGCAUUUGCAAAUUUUCCAUUGUUUUAAUUGCUGUGUGGCUGACUUUCAAUUUUAAGAAGUGAAUUGACAUACAGCCUAUAACGUAAAUACUUAAAUGGCUGCUCGUUUAUAUCUUACAGUUAGUGAAAAAGUAUUUCAACCUGAACUAAAAUUUGGAAUUGUCUUUUGUGUUUCAUCCUCACCAUUGUUAUUAGAUUUACUUAUUGUAUA